UGUCAGCGUUUGAAUGGGACUCUCCGCAUCCGUUUCUCUGUGAUGUAGAUAGAUACUAGCUGUAAUAAUGGGUCAAUUAAGAAUGAUCUCUGUCUUUCUGGAUUUCUUUUUAUUAUUUUUGAUGUUUGCCCAGUGCGGUGGUCGGGAUUUGGACUCCAGCUAUGUUACAUGUGGAUCUCUGGUGAAACUGCUGAACACACGGCACAACGUCAGACUACACUCGCAUGAUGUCAAAUACGGCUCAGGUAGUGGCCAGCAAUCAGUAACGGGUGUAGAUUCAGCCGAUGAUGCCAACAGCUACUGGCGUAUCCGUGGGAAACCGAAAGGCUUUUGUCAGCGUGGGGUUCCCAUUCGAUGUGGGGAGACCAUUCGAAUCACACACAUGAAGACAGGCCGCAACCUACACUCGCAUCACUUUAGCUCCCCGCUGUCUAACCACCAGGAAGUGAGUGCAUUUGGUGAAAAUGGAGAAGGAGAUGAUUUAGAUGUAUGGACAGUUCAGUGCAGUGGAACAUACUGGGAACGUGAUGAUGCGGUACGAUUUAAACACACCGGCACUGAGGUUUUCCUCAGUGUUACUGGAGAGCAGUAUGGCCAACCAAUCAGAGGCCAGCAUGAGGUCCAUGGAAUGCCCUCACCCAACCAGCAUAACUACUGGAAGGUAAUGGAAGGGGUUUUUAUUCAGCCCAGUAGUGAUCCGGUCCACCAUGAUGAGCUCUGAUGACGUCGCUACAUUUUGGUAGUGAAGGCCAAUGGAGACAAAACACACUGUACUCUGAACAACUAUGAACUUGACUCGCACACGCUGCGAAACCUUCUUUAGAAUAAAACUUACGGUUUCCUCAGAAUUUACAUUUUUUUUGUGUAACUCUUUUAGUGUUGCAAUUUUGUCACUUUUACAGAUCUGUUUUUGACACAAAGAUCACUUUAAAAAUGCCUAUCUCAGACAAUUUGAGUGUUUUACUGGUUGGUUGUUUUCUUUAGAUUGCAUUUUCCUUUGUGUGUGUGUGUGUAUAAGGGAAUUAAUUAAAAUUACAUUUCUAUUUGAAUUCUGGGCCAAAAAACAAAACAAAUGUAUUGUGUAUUUAUAUUUAGGUCUUCUGAAACAUUACUGGCUAUUUGAAUGAAUGACAACUACUAUUAAAGAGUAAAAGUGUAUUUUUGUUCCUGAAUUCUUUCUGAAACCUGGAAAAUAUAAAAUUAUUAUUUCUGUAUCAGUUAAUGUUUUUUGCAAUUCCCAAUUGUUUUUCCCCUUGUGUUAUCUAUGACUCCAUAGUAUGGACAUAACUUUAAAAGUUAAAAGAUUUGGGAACUAGAAUUAAUAUUAUGUUUUAAUAACUGAAAUACAACCCCAGUUCUGAAAAAGAUAAAUGCUUAAAAAAGCAAAAAGGAGUGAUUUGUAAAUUAUUGUGACCAUGUGCUAUAUUGAAAGCACUACAACAACACAUUUAAUGUUAUACCUAGUGAAUGUAAUUAUCUAUCUAUCUAUCUAUCAAUCUCUCUCUCUCUCUCUCUCUCUC